UACGUAUACUUGGUUUGCAAAUAAAGUAUUUGAAUUUGAAAGUACCUACAUAAAAGUUUCCAAAUAUAUGUUUAUGAAAAACGUGCGAAUAUUUUACAGAUUCAAAAAGCUUAUAAUGAAAAUGGAAGUAACGAAAGCAGAACAUUCAACUAAAUCUAUAAUAGAAGGACAAGCGGAAAUUCGCCUCUCGUCAGAGAAAGUUUUUUACAACCCUGUACAAGAAUUUAACAGAGAUCUAAGUAUAGCAGUACUAAGUGUUUUUAUUCAGGAUUUUAAAGAAGAAAGAUUAAAAAAGAAAGAAAAGAGAGACUCUAAGGGCGAAGAUACUUCACCAAUUGUUGAGGCACCAAUAACAAUUCUAGAAGCACUAUCAGCAACAGGCUUGAGAAGCAUUAGAUAUGCAAAGGAAGUACAACAAGUUGACAAAAUCAUUGCCAAUGACUUAUCAGAACAAGCUGUGCAAACUAUCAAGGAAAAUAUUGAAUAUAAUGGGAUAGAGCAUCUUGUGGAAACCAGUCAUGAUGAUGCCUGCAUGGUGAUGUACAAACACAAGCACCACCAGAAGCGUUUCACAGCAAUAGACCUGGAUCCAUACGGAUGUCCGGCAAUAUUCCUCGACUCUGCUGUACAGAGUGUCCAAGACGGUGGUCUCCUGCUCGUCACGGCCACCGACAUGGCCAUCUUGGCAGGAAAUACACCUGAAACAUGUUAUUACAAGUAUGGUGCUGUCAGUCUUAAAGCCAAAUUUUGCCAUGAAAUGGCACUUAGAAUACUACUGCAGAGUAUAGAGCACCACGCCAACCGCUACAGUCGGUACAUUGAGCCCGUACUCAGUGUAUCUGUAGAUUUCUACAUAAGGGUGUUUGUGAGGGUACGGACAGGUGCUAUACACUGCAAGAAAACUACCAGUAAGUUAUCUAUGGUGUAUCACUGCACUGGCUGCGACAAUUUUGUCCUGCAUCCACUGGGCGGGUUUAAACCGAACCCCACUGAGAAAAACCCCGCGCAGACCAAGUCCUUCCUGCCCACCGUGUCUGUCGGAGACCACUGCAGCAACUGCAACCAGAAAUAUCACCUGGGCGGUCCGAUCUGGUCAGCGCCGAUCCACAACGCCGACUUCGUGUCGCGACUGUCGGCACACGUCGAGACGCACGCGGCUCGCUUCGGCACGGCUCGGCGACUACUCGGCGUCUUGUCUAUGGUGGGAGAGGAGCUGGAGGACGUGCCGCUGUACCACGUGCUGGACAAGCUGUGCGGCCGCGUGCACGUCCAGCCCAUGCCUAUGAUGAUCAUGAGGUCGGCCUUGCUGCACGGCGGCUACCGGGUGUCGUACUCGCACGCGUCCCGCCAGUCGUUGAAGACGGACGCGCCGGCGCAGUUCGUGUGGGACGCGGUGCGGGCGUGGGCGCGCGCGCACCCAGUCAAGCCCGACCACCUGCAGCGGGACCCGGUCGCGGCGCACAUCCUGACCCGGGCGACGGCGCACGCGGUGCGGCUGGAGGCGCGCGCGGACGCCGACCCGGCGUCACGGCGGGCCGGCGCGCUGCGCUUCCAGUUCAACCCCGCGCCGCACUGGGGGCCCGGCUCCAGGGCCAAUGUCAAUAUCGGAGAAAACAAUUGUAAGGCAAUUAAAAAUCAAAAUAAGAAUCAGAGUAAACGCAAACGCCAAGACACGCCAUCCAGUCAAGAGGAUAACGCAGCAAAGAAAAGUAGUAAUUGAAAUAAAUGAAUAAAAU